AUUCAAAAGAAAGUUACAGUACGCAUGCUCAAGAAAGGUCGCCAGAGCUAAAAGCAUCGUCGUCGCAAGUACAAGGUACCAUGAUAUUACUAUAUUGCGUGCUUGAUUACUACCAAUAUUACAUUGCUAUAUAACUGUCUAACAACAAUCUAGAACACACAACAAAAUAGCGCGUGGUGAGCGGAUUUUUCUUCCGUCUGCAAAGUAAAGACGUUUACAAAUUCUGACGAUUUGUGGCAUCUCGCUAGUCAGAGCUGAAUGUAACCAUUUACUGUAGCUGAAACUUUUAAACGAAAAUUGAUAUACAAUUUUAGACUUAAAUUAUAUAUAAAUCAUUUUCAUUCUAAAAUUCCAUCUUCAAAAAUCCUACCUACGUUCAGUUCAUAAAUUGUCUCUACAAAUUUUCCAAGAAAACACAUGUGGCACAUUCAAGUCAGUCAAUAUAUUUCAAUAGUGCCCAAUUACAUGGUGAUGAUAUUCAUAUCAAUUAUCAAUAUUUUCAAAUUAACAUAUUCAGAUGCAUUUGAAGUGAAAGAGUCAGAAAAUGUUGUCACAUUUGAAGAGAAAGAGCCAGUAAUUAUAGGUAACACAUCUAAUAAAUUCAGUAAAAUAAGAGAAUAACUAUUAAUAGGAAAUAUUGUUUUACUUAUUUGGUAUACUUAAUUAGUGUAAUUGAUCAGUGGUUAAUACUUAUUUAUAUAAAACAUUUUCUGUGUUGAUUAUAUACAGUUAUAUCAAUACGAGUGGAAAUUGGAAAAACGAGAAAUUGUGAGAAAUAUACCGGAGAAAUAUAUGAAAUUAUGUGCGGGGCAAUAAAAAGAAAGAAAUUUUCCGACGUUUCCGUGUUGACAUUGAGUUAUAUCAACACGGCUCUAAACCAAUCAGCGUUCAGAAUUUACAAAUGCUAUACAGGGUGUAUAAAAAAGGAGACCUUUAGAAAUCAAGCUACAUUGUUAAAAUUUGAAUGCCAUUUCAAUUGCACAUAUGCUGAACUGUGGUGCGUGAAAUAUUGAUGAAGUAUAUUAGACAUAUAUUAGAAAAAGGAGACCUUUAGAAAUCAACCAUUGUUAUAAUUUGAAUCCUGGAGCACUUUGCUAAGCACAUAGCAGAUUGUUACCAGGAGCAUGCAGACAAUCUUUUGUUUAAACGUUAUUUCAAAUUCUGAAGGUCUCCUUUUUCUAAUAUAUGCGUCCAUCAAUAUUUCACGCACUACGUUUCAGCAUAUGUGCAAUUGAAAAGGCAUUCAAAUUUUAACAAUAUGCUUGAUUUCUAAAGGUCUCCUUUUCCUUUUUUUAUACACCCUGUAUUAUAAAUGUAGAUAUAAAACAUUUUAGAAACCUUUUUCCUAUUCUUUGAGCCUCUUGCUGAUGGAAGUAAAGUUUUAAUCGGAAUGACCGGAGUUAAUUUUAGUUAAAAAUAAAUUUAGAAUUUUUAUCAAGCAUGCAUGUAACAUUACUAACGCCUUUAACAUCUCAAAAACAAAAAGCGAUAAAAAUGAAGGAAUAACCAUGUUUUAUGAUGAUGCAAAAUUAGAAAGAUUUUUCAUUUUUUCAGGCGGUCGCGAGCGGGUAGAAGCAUUGAUGGAAGAAGCGUGCAACUCAAGCAGAACAGAAGAAUUACAUAUGGAAGACUUGGUUCUUAUAGAAAAAUACAUUGAAAUUUCAGCUUCAUACGUGUAUAGUCGCCAAAUAUCAGCUAAAGAACCUUUCACUCAGAAAGUUCGUAAAGCAAUGACAGAAGAUGUUAAAAAGUCAGCUUAUACAAACUUGUUGAAUAACGACGAUGAUAAACCUAGUAAAAAUGAUGGGGAAUUUGUCAAUAGGGAUGAACAAAUUUUCAACUUUGCAAAAAGCGAAGUACUUAAAAAUAUUUCGACUCAAAUGCCUGCAAGGCUGAAUGAACAUUUGGUCUCAUAUAUGAAAUCCAUUGGUCAAAUUGCAUGUGGCAAAGUUAGAGCGACAUGUUUCCUUGUGACGGAUGCGCUGGUGAUAACUAACUAUCAUGUUUACAGGAUGAUUGAAAAUGAAAGAGCAGAGGUUGAAAAUCCCGACUUGCCCAUCACUGUUCGGUUUGACUAUCUGUACCCUGAACAAACAGAACAUAUUAUCACUGUGGAAGUUGACGAAGCACAGGAUUCGACACUUGAGAAUGCGCGGUUGGAUUACAAAUUCUUUCGUUUAAAGCAAAGCGAAGGUCUUACAAAACGAGUUCCACUUGGUCCGAUGGUCAGAAAUUGGCAACUAUCAAAUGGUCGAGUUGUUAUUCUUGGUCAUCCGGAAGGAAAAGAACUGCAGGAGGAAGUCAGCGUUGUUGUUGGCUAUGAUGCAUGGCUUAACAGAUUGAAUGAAAGAUAUAAACAAUUUAGUGGCGUACACAUGACCAAUUCACAGUUGUUGUGGAACGAUACAAAAUAUCAAGAUCAUCUCUCAUACGACACAACCUUUUUCCGUGGUUCUAGCGGUUCUCCUGUUAUUGAAAUGAACGGAAACAUCGUCGCCAUGCACACACAGGGAUACGCUCUGGACAGACCGCAAGUAAAUAUUCCAAAUCAGCAGGAAAAUUUCCCGCAUCAGGAGAAUCUAGAUAUUUCUGGACAAAGAAACACAAGAAAAUACUCCUUGAUGGAGUUUGGUGUCCAAUUUAUUUCAAUAUGUAGAGAUAUAAGACGGUGGCAUGGUGAAAAUGUUGUCAAACUAAUUUUUCCAAAUUAUGAAUUAAAACUAAGCGAAGAGCCAAUGGAUGCAACCUAGUUUUACUCAGAGAUGGAUUUACUGGGUGGGGCCUAGCCUUGGAAAGGGGAUUGAAAGAGGAGUGGCAAUUUCUUUAUUAAAUCUAUUUUUCUAUUCGGAAGGCAAUUAAAAAGACGAAAUUAAAAUUAUAGAGACAAAAUGAGAUAGUAACUUGAUUAAGAAAUUGCGAGGCAAGACUAUAUAUAGACUAGUGCCCUUCUGCGGGAAGUCCCUCUAGUGAUUAGACACUUGGUCAACAGUCGAUGAACACCCCCUUACCAGACCUGGCUAGAUCCAUUCCUGAGUUUUACUGCAGUCAGUGACAAUGAAAGGUGAGACUGAUAUUAAUAUGUUAUAUUUCUAACGGACGGGGGAAGAUAUUUUAGACAACAUACAGGAAUCAAACUACAAUUUAAACUCUCACAGAGACAAAGUAAAAUUUUAUUAACAAGUUAUGUCCACGAUUGUAGUCUGUAUAUUUAACUAAAUUAGGUUGUUCGGUCGAAACCUCGGGGUUCGACAGGCUGUGUGGAAUUUUGGACCACGUUGUCAUUAACAUAUAAAUACAGAAUGGAUUAAGGAAAUCGGAAAUACCACAAUAUAAACUUGUAAAUAACUGGGAUUUUGUUGUAAUAAUUACAAUACAAGGCAUGCAGCAAGAUCAGUGCAACUUUUACCGGCCAAAAAUAAGGACAAAUGUUGGCAAAAUUUACUUUCACAUACUCUACAUCAGUGUCAUGGGAGAACAUUACAGUUUCCUUAAAGAAAUUACGAACGACCAGCAAUUUUAAAAGACAAUAUAAAGUAGAUUUACUGUCAAAUCAAAAUAGUAACCCUUAGUUAAAUUGGGAAUGUUGAUCGGUUUAUUUUAUGGAUUGGUUAAACAAAUGAAUUAACUAAUUAGUUAGUAAUUACAGUAAGUUAAUAAAAAUAGCUAUAUUCAUGUGUAAUUAAUGUUAUGUUAAUUUUCUUUGCUGCUGUUUUUUUUCUUUUCUUUUAUUUGACCAAAAAUCCAAAUAGUUAUGAGAUGUAUUUAACAGUUAUUCUAUACGAACUCGAGUCGAAUGUGAGCUGAUAGCCUAUGAGGUGCGUAGUGCCGAAUCGGCUAUCGCUCAUAUUCGACGAGAGGGAGUGGAAUAACUGUUUUAUUAUGCACACAAGGUCUGAAUUCACAGACUUUGCUUUUCGGAUAAUUUCAAUAUUUUUCUAUUUUGUUUAUGUUUUUAUCUUCGCUCUUUCGGCCGAG